AACGUGUGACCUGUCUCUGGCCUUGGCGUGUAGCUCGGUGUUGCUAGUUGUGUGUGUGAGCGUGUGUGUGUGCUGGCUAUAGCAUUUCAUUAGCGUUAAUUAGCGAGUGUUCCUGUCGAGAAGCCGGCUAGUAAACUGGGAACCGUUACAGCGGAGCUGAGCCACAAUGCUGAAAUGUAGAAAUGUAUGGAAAAAGCUUGCACCUCUUGCUAGAGCCUCAUCAACUGUAUGCCGGCAGAAUGUGAGGAGAGCAGGGUUGCCCAAUGGCAGGAUACCAGCACGUGUACCCGUGGCUCACAUGUCUACCGGGCCUACAGGAGGGGGUGGGGAAAACCACCUGUAUGUCCUUCUGGUUGGAGCAGCCUGCCUCGGUGGUGGAAUUUAUGCGUACCAAACUAUCAAGGGAGACCAACAAAGAUAUCAGGACCGUAUUAAUGAAAUUUCAUCCAGAUCACAAAAAGCCGCCACAGAAGAACCAACCACACCCAUCCAGUCAGAGCCUCCCGCUGUGAAAGCCAGCAAGACAGAGGCCGUCCCUGAGCCAGAAACUCAAGCAGCACCUUCACCAGAGGAGCCAAGUCCUCCAGUCCCUGACGUCGAAUUAGCAGCAGCCCCCAGUGAAACAGCUGAACCGCCCCCAGCAGAUGAGCCAGUGGUAGAAGCGCCCCAAGAGGAGGCAGCAGAACCACCUGCUGCACGUGUAGUUGAGGAGGAACCAUCACCCCCCUCUGAGCCGUCCCCAGCAGAGCUUACAGAGCCGCCCCCUGCACCUGUUGUGGAGAGUGCAGAUGAGCCAGUGGUAGAAGCGCCCCCCGAGGAGGCAGCAGAACCACCUGCUGCACGUGUAGUUGAGGAGGAACAAUCACCCCCCUCUGAGCCGUCCCCAGCAGAGCUUACAGAGCCGCCCCCUGCACCUGUUGUGGAGAGUGAACCUACAGCAGCAGCAGCAGCUGAAAGCCCCUCAGCAGAGCCACCCGAGCCUCAGCCUGAAGUUGUGGCAGUGAGUGGAGUGGACUCCACACCUGCUUCUCUCAAGGUCCCCUCACACACCCCCUACCUCCUUAUCGGUGGCGGUACCGCCUCCUUCGCCGCAGCCCGGUCUAUUCGAGCCAGAGACCCCGGUGCAAAGGUAUUGAUUGUGACUGAUGAGCCAGACCUUCCAUACAUGAGACCACCUCUUUCUAAGGAACUGUGGUUCUCUGAUGACCCCAGUGUGACGGAAACACUGCGUUUCAAACAGUGGAAUGGAAAGGAAAGAAGUAUCUACUUCCAGCCAGCAUCAUUCUACAUUAAUCCAGAGGAAUUGGAUAGUGCAGAAAAUGGGGGAGUGGCGGUGCUCACUGGCAAAAAGGUGGUUCAGAUGGAUGUGAGAGGAAACAAAGUCAAAUUGGACGAUGAAACUGAGAUUUCAUAUGACAAGUGUUUGAUCGCUACAGGCGGUGUUCCAAGAAAUCUACAAGUCAUUGAAAGAGCAGGGGAGGAGGUGACACAGAAGACAACUUUGUUCCGCAAGAUCGAUGACUUCAAAUCACUGGAUAAGGUCACCAGAAACAUCAAGUCCAUCACAAUCAUUGGAGGCGGCUUCUUGGGCAGCGAGCUGGCCUGUGCCCUCGGCAGGAGAUCACAUGAGUCUGACCUGGAGGUGAUACAGAUGUACCCCGAGAAGGGCAACAUGGGAAAAGUGUUGCCCGAGUACCUGAGUAACUGGACAACAGAAAAAGUCAAGAGAGAGGGCGUAAAAGUCAUCACAGAAGCUUUGGUGAAGUCUGUGACCUGCAAAGAUGAUAAGUUAGAAAUCCAACUGAAGGAUGGCAGAUUGGUGAAAACCGAUCACAUUGUUGCAGCUGUUGGCCUGGAGCCAAAUGUUGACCUUGCUAAGUCAGCCGGUCUGGAGGUGGACUCUGACUUUGGUGGCUAUCGGGUCAAUGCAGAGCUGCAAGCUAGAUCCAAUAUUUGGGUGGCAGGAGAUGCUGCCUGUUUCUAUGACAUCAGACUGGGCCGCAGACGAGUGGAGCACCAUGAUCAUGCCGUUGUGAGCGGGAGACUAGCAGGGGAGAACAUGACAGGAGCCAACAAACCCUACUGGCACCAGUCUAUGUUCUGGAGUGACCUGGGUCCUGAUGUAGGCUAUGAGGCGAUUGGGAUUGUUGACAGCAGCCUACCAACAGUAGGGGUGUUUGCCAAAGCCACUGCCAAGGAUACACCUAAAGCUGCUACAGAGCAGUCAGGAACUGGGAUCCGCUCAGAAAGUGAAACAGAGGACACGGCCACUAGCCCAGUGGCUUCUUCAACGCCUGCUCCCGCUAUGGAGCAACACAAAGACGACUAUGGAAAAGGAGUCAUCUUCUACCUGAGAGACAAAGUGGUGGUGGGUAUUAUCCUGUGGAACGUGUUCAACAGAAUGCCCAUCGCAAGGAAGAUUAUCAAGGACGGAGAGGAACACGCAGAUCUGAAUGAAGUGGCCAAGCUGUUCAACAUCCAUGAGGAUUAAGAUGGAGGACACUCUUGGAAAGGGAGUUACACUUCAUGUUAAGACUGAACUUUGACAGCCAUUGCCACACAACUGAUCAUACUUACAAAACGGAGAAAUUCAUGUAAAUCACGUCAUGUCGUUGAAAUAUUUUCAUAUUUGGAAUUUGUACCUGCGUCACCUGUUUGUUGUUGUUGUUUUUUUCUAUUCAGGAGAAGUCAGUGUCUCAUCUUCCACCAAACAUUUUGCUUGCAUUUUCUUUUAAAUCAUCGUCAAGAUGUGAUUGUCUGCUUUUCCCCACCAGGCUGAAAAUGUCAAGCAUGGAUUAUUUUCCUCUGUGUGAUCAGAGCAGCUUGCUGUGAGAAAAGCUGCAAUAAAAGCUAUUUUUAAAUUGGA